GCAACGCGGAGCGCAUGCUGAACGCAAUUGCCUAGGUUUGCUAAAAAAAAAAAAUGCUACUGCGAUGCGGCAGUUGUCAGGGGGAUAUCGGAGAGGAGGGGGUGUGAUUGGCUGAAGUGGUCCUGUUGCCUUGGCGACGGCAGGGGGGGUACGGAAGCGUUGCCGUGCGGCGUGAUCUCCGCGCUGUGUGGAUGGAGGAAGCAGCUGCUGAUCUUUUGACACAGCGCGAGCGAAAGGCUACUGCAUGAAAGCACGGGAGUUUUUGUCGUCUGACGUGACAGUAUAAUGCACGAAUACCCUCCUGGUUUGAUGGGUCCUAUAAUCGGGAUGUCUCCAGAUAAAAAAGCUGAAUCGCCUGGAGCGCAGGGAGUUUGGGGAGCAGGGACUCUCCCUGAAGCAGAGAGUGCUUCCAGCCCCUUGGCUACCAGUCUGGACCAGAUCGGUCGAACUGGAGCAUUGAGUGUUGUAGGAGGUGAGUCAGAAGAUGAUGAGCUAACCAACCUGAAUUGGCUUCAUGAGAACUUGCUGCAGAAUUUCACUCUCGGAGGACCCGAAGCACAAUCCAACAAAAGCCCACUGUUUGACAUUGAGGGUUGUGGUGGGUCACCACACAGUAACGCCACCUUAUCCACUUCGUCCAUCUGGGGAGUGGGGAGUGCAGGAAGUGAGAGAGAUCCACACAAGUCAAAGCCUCCAUUAUCUUUCUCCUUACUGAUAUACAUGGCUAUCGAGCAGUCACCCAACAAAUCUCUUCCUGUGAAGGACAUCUAUGGCUGGAUCCUCAAACAUUUUCCAUAUUUCUCCAGUGCCCCCACUGGCUGGAAGAACUCUGUGCGCCACAACCUCUCCCUGAACAAGUGCUUCCGCAAAGAAGAGCGAAGCAUAGGAAAGGCCAAUGGGAAAGGCUCUCUGUGGUGUGUUCACCCUGAGUUCCGGCCCAUGCUGAUGCAAGCCCUGAAGAAGCAGCACUUCCCAAAUGCACAUGCCUUCUGCACUCCUCCUGCCUCCCCUCCCAGUGCCUCAUCUCCUCCUCAUCACCUCUUCACAUCAGAGCAGGGCUGUUUCCUAAAAGAAUGUGAUUUUGAUGCUGCCACUGCCAUGAUGCUGUUAAAGUCUGCCUCUGAGCAGAACAUUGACUCAUAUGACCAAGAGGGCCCCAUAGAUCUGUCCAAAAGGGACUUGGUGGUUGUGAGUCGGGAUCCGAAGCAGGAUCACACCUACAGCAGCAACCCUGCCCCGCCCCACCCUCACCAGAUGUCUCCUUCACAACCAAUCAACUUCAGCAUGGGUUCGCACCUUGAGCAGGAGAGAGGAGGUUGGGCCCGAUGGCCAUGCAUUUCACUGCAGGGUCCGCUAUCAGGGAAAAGGUGCAGGAGAGAAUCUCGGCCCGAGGUCGAUGAGGAGCUAAAGGAGGCGGCUGGCUCGCUCCUACACCUGGCCGGUAUUCGCACCAGUCUAGUAACCUCAAGACGCAAGAGCAGGAAACUUAGUAGGAAAUGAGACCCUGUAACCUCACCCCUAUUCUGUGACUUCAUCCUGUGGCCUGCCCAACCUCUCUCUUUUGGUUUGGUGUAUCUUCCUUCUCGUUUGUAAUCAAGUCUUUUUUUUUUUCUUUCCUUUUGUUUUUAAUCUGGGAGUUUGUCCUGGUCCACUCAUCAACUAUGGCAAUACAAACAUUGGAGAGAAAAGCCAUACUGACAUGUUUUAUUGUACAGAAAGAAAAAAAAGAUUAGAAUGAACAGCCCUCAUGAUUUGAGUUCAUCAGGACAAGGGUUUGAAGAUGUUAAUCACUUAAAAAAAGACUGGAAAAAAAGCUUCAAACAUAAAAGAUUUGCAUGCUUCCACCUCUAAAUCAACACAAACUUAUUUAUAGAAUGAGUGAAUGCAUGGAUUUUACAAACUCCCAAGACGUCUCGGGCUUCUUCGUCAUAGAGGGAAAAAAGAGAAAUGCAAUAAUUAGUUGACCUAAAUACCUGUAGUUAUUUAUAUUAUUGUACUGCUGGUUUAUACCCUGUGUGGUGGUGAUGACAUGCCCCUGGGAGCAUUUUGCUGCCGCAGUUAUGAUGUCAAACCCAUGUGAUGACUCCUACAUUCUGAUUGGAUCAGUUUUGCUUCCCCAACCUGACCACUAUAGCUAUUCUGCCCUGAAAAAGCCUGGAGAACAGCUUGAAAGAAACUGCUUUUUGUGGCAUCCACCUCAGUGAUUCUACAAUGCUACUACUGAUCUGCAUAAUAAUAGUUGUGCCAUUUCAUGUGCACUGACUUGAUUAAAGUGAUAGUUCACCCAAAAAUGGAAACUGUCAACAUUUACUCACCCUUAUGUUGUUUCAAAAUCAUAAGACUUUCUUUCUUUGGAAUGUAAAUCACAGUCACCAUUCACAUGCAAUGAAAGUAAAUGGUAACUGAUGCUUAAAUUCAGUUGUAAUCCAAAUGUAUAAUUUUAUUAUUUGUGGAAGAAAGUAAGUCAUACUGGGUUUGAACAACAUAUGGGCGAGUAAAUGACGACAGUAAAUGGUGAAUUCUUCCUUGAAAUCUUUGCUCAUUCACAUAUUGCUUGCUUUUGGAGCAUAAAAAAACAAUCAAAACAAGAACGUCUUUACCUCUACUGCAAGGUAUUCUCCUUGACAUUUUGGUGCCAUAAGUGUCACCUUUACCCAAAUCAGACUGUUGUCUUGUUGUUCUUGGUGCAACCUGUGUGACGAUGCUCCCCAGUAGGGGGAGCUGUGUGGUUCAUCACUUCCCACUGCUGCUUUUGCUGCUCUAGACCUCAAUACAGUUCCCAGGACUUGAAAGGAAACCAGAGACAAUGAACUGCACAAAAUAACCUGCAAGGAGAGCUGCAGCUCGCUGAUAGGGGCUGAUUAUGGGAGAAAGUCAUCGGAAAGUGGAAAUUAUAUUUUUAAGUUGGUUUUCUCAAGAAGCUUAAAAGUGAUUGGAGAACCAGCUGAAUCUUUCCAGGAAAACAGUAAAAGCAUGGCUGGAUGUGAACUAAGAACUCAGAGCCAUGUUUAACCUUUCACACUGCGGUUUUUGUUCCUUUUGAGAUUGCCAAAAUUGCUGCUCACAAAACAUGUGUGUACUCUGUAACCCUAAAUCUUCAGUUUGUUUGUAUUUGAUUGGGUUUUUAGUGUUUGUUUGAGGCUACAUUAGGAUUUUAUAUACCCAAGCAUGUGAAAUAGUGAAAUAUAACUGCCAUUUGCCAUUGACACUGGCAUACUAGAACUUCCUGAGGUCUUUGAUUUGAUUACUUUAAAACUGCCUAUCCUAGUCACUUUAACCGUGGCUGCCAAUUCACAUCACUGUCCCCCUAGCUGUACAUAGUGCUAAAACAGAAUGCAAGUAUUAAUGCAGGGUGGAGGGGGAGCUAGCUUUAGUUUUGGAAAUUGAGGCCAAUUCUGAAAGAAAAUGCCUAUUAAUUAUGACUAUUGCUAUUAUUAUUAAGAUGGUCCAACUGAAUUG